CUCUGUUCCUAUAACUCCAGUCGUUUGUCUACUUUUUCUCUGUCUCUAUCAUUGAUUCCCAAAAUUUUGACCCAUUCGCACGACACCUCCUCACAAUGCCCGAGAUGGCGGUGUCACCCGUUCUCGCAGCCUGGGAGGCUUGCGACAAGACAGACACUCUCUUCGUCCUCAUCUGCACCGUCAUCUGCUGGACCAUUGUACCAACUGUCGGCAUAGCCUACUCAGGAUACACAUGGAAGCGCAACGCCCUCCACGCCGCCAUGCCCGCCAUCCUCACCAUCGCAACUUGCUCGAUCCAGUGGUUCAUUAUUGGAUACACACUAGCCUACGGCGAGGGCGGCUGGUUCUUUGGUUCUCUCAAGCACUUCUUCCAUAAGAAUGUGCUUUCUGAGCCUGUGGGAACCAUCCCUGCGAUCUUAUUCAGCGAGUUUCAGUUGGUUUUUGAGGCGACGGUUUGUGCAAUUGCUGUGGGCGGAUUUUGCGAGAGGGGGAGGCUGUUGCCGGUUAUUCCGUUCAUCUUUCUAUGGGCGACAUUUAUCUACUGCCCGCUGGCACAUAUGGUUUGGGGCGGAGGCUUGCUUGGAGAGAAUUUGGGUGUGCUGGACUUUGCAGGAGGAACUCCCGUCCACGUCUGCUCCGGCGCCACCGCGACCGCCAUCAGCAUCUACCUCUCCUACCCGCUCUUCCGCUCGCGCAAGUCCGACGUGCGUACGCCCACCCAUAUCCGCAUCCACCGACCGGGUAACUCUUUCUUCCAGCUUCUGUCCUUAAUCAUCAUCUGGGGCUCCUGGCUCGCCUUCGAUGCGGGAACCACCCUGGCCCUCAACUUCCAGUCCGUCAUGGCCCUCUGCGUCACCAACUUGUGCGCCGCCUCGGGCGCGCUGACCUGGAACCUCAUCACCUUCUACGAGACGGGCAAGUGGUCCAUCGACUCGACCUUCAUGGGCGCCAUUUCCGGUCUUGUCAUGAUCACCCCCUCGGCUGGGUUCAUCGACAUGCCGACCGCCUGUUUCUUUGGUGUUUUCGGGGCUGUGCUCUGUCGUCAGGCGUUGAGGAUCAAGUUCACCAAAUUUGCGCAUCAUUGGAGGUGGGUUGAUAAUGGUGAUACAUUUGCAACGCACUGCAUUGGUGGUGUGGCUGCAACCAUUAUGACGGGGCUGUUUGCGCAGAAGGAGGUAGCUGCGUAUGGUGGUGUAGAGGUUGCGGGAGGUGUCAUCUUCGAUGGCAAUAUUCGUCAACUUUGGGUGCAAAUGGUUGAGGCUGUUGUUGGUUUCACAUGGGCGUUUUGCGGGUCGUAUAUCAUUAUUGCUUUGAUUGAUUGCGUUCCUGGGCUUGAGGUUUUGGCUGUUGAUAAACACAUCAGCCAAGGCCUUGAUAUGAACGAGGUUGAAGAGUUUUUGGGUAACUUGGAGUAUCCUGAUGAAGUUGACUAUGCACCAACUGCAAGGGGAACCAUUUCUCUGGAAUAAAUGCCUGGGUAGCUGGUGAGGAAACUAUAUCCAAAAGGGGUAAGUAUUAUAUAUACAGAACUAUAUGAGCAGUUCAGAAUUACACCAAGUUUG